UUUGUCCCAACGCCUAGUACGACGUUUCGCUUACUUACGAUAUUGAUGUACAUGGGAGCCAAUUUCUGGCACAUUCUACGGGUCGAGUAAAAUCAAGAUUAAUUUGUUAUAUUAUUCAUUUGUGUACAUAAAAACAUAGAAGAUAAUUAACAUGUAAUUAAAAAGGUUUUCAAUCUGAGAGGACAUAUUUUAAUGAUUGACUAAUAAAAUAUGUUAAAUUUAGUGAAGCAUUGAUAAAAUUGAAAAUAAAAUGUGUACUAUCAAGAGAAUGAAAAGUUUAUUUGCCAAAAUGGAGCAUAAUUUGAUGAUUUUUUUUCAUAAGACUCUCCUGCGUGUAGAGAGAGUAAAGGAUAAUCUAGCCGGUAGCAUGAUGGCGAUUUCACUUGCAAUGUUUAUGAUAAUUUGGAUCUUGAUUCAAACCACACUCAAUGGUUUAAUGGCUGAAUAUUCUACCUAUUCUGGUAAGAAAGACAGCAGCCAUAGAUCGUACAGGUCAUUAGAUGAUUAUAAUCAAACAACACUUAAAAGUGCUCAAGAUGCAGCUUUAUCAUUUGCACAAAUAGAUAAAAUUGCAUUAAAUGCAUCUCUUAAUUAUGGAUUGACAAUCCGUAAUAGAAUGUCAAGACUUGAGGCUAAUCUAGUAUCUGCAGACAUUGGAUUAAAUAAUAAUACUUCAUCACAUAAUCAAUAUUUAUUUUCACAUCCAAGUGAAGAUGCAUUAAAUUUACAAGCUAAUGCAGACGUUGUUUCAAAAGCCUCAUUAUACCUUGUUCAACAUCACUGUCAAAGGUAUGGUUUAAGCAAUGAAAAAUGUGCGCGUAUUGUAUCAACCUUAAAGUUGGAUGGUACAAGUUUAGGUAGGCUCUGUAAAUCCAAAAAUUCAAUUAAAUGUCCAAUAAAUAAUCGUUAUCGUACCAUUGAUGGUACAUGUAACAAUAUCAAUAAUCCACGUUGGGGUAGUGCUUUGACGCCGUAUUCUAGAAUAAUGUUUCCGAACUAUUAUGAUGGAAUUCAAGAAUUAAGACAUGCUGUUAGAGGAAGAAAUCUCCUACCUGGACCAAGAGUUAUCAGUAUAAGUUUAUCAGAAACUCAAAAGAACAAAAUUAAUAUCGCCAGUAUUAAAUCAUUAGCUUUGAUGCAGUGGAGCGAAUUUAUUGCACACGAUUUAUCACAUACUGUAGUUCGUAAAAUGACUGGAACGAAUAAACCAAUAAGAUGUUGUGAAACUAAUGGUAACAAUUUAUCACCACGAUACAUUCAUCCAGAUUGUGCAGCUAUUUCGAUACCAGAUGAUGAUCCAGUUUACAGUAAGCAUAACAUAAGAUGUAUGAACUACGUCCGAUCACUUUCAGCUUUGAAAGUUGAUUGUACUUUUGGUCCAAUUGAGCAAAUGAAUCAGGCAACUCAUUUUUUGGAUGGUUCAACAAUUUACGGCUCAACAAAAAAACGAUCUGAAGAGCUGAGAACUUUCCAAGGUGGAAAAUUGAAAACAGAUGACUGGGGUGAUCGAUCAAUCGAGUAUGACACAGAAUAUUUACCAUUAAAUGGCCAAAAUAUUUCAUCAACAAAAGUAUCAGAUCCAUGUCCAACUGGUAUCAAUAAUUGCUAUAGAUCAGGUGAUGAUCGAGUAAACAUUGAUCCAAUCUUAGCAGUCUUACAUACAAUAUGGCAUCGUGAGCAUAAUCGGAUUGCUGAAGAAUUAAGUAAAAUAAAUCCAUUGUGGACUGAUGAUAUAAUUUUUGAAGAAACAAGGCGUAUUGUUAUUGCUGAAAUUCAACAUAUUACUUAUAAUGAAUGGUUGCCGAUUAUUGUUGAUGAUAAUUACGUUAUUAAAAAAAUCCAGAAGUACGAUUACAAAGCACACGAAGAUCCUUCAGUAAAUAAUGAAGCAGUAACAGCAGUAUUUCAAUACAUAAAUUAUUUGAAAGAUAAAAAAAAACGAAAUGUUAUCAAAACAGAAGGUAACUUUAACAGGAAACAGAAUGGCUAUAAUAGAUUGAAUUCAACCCUCCUUCAUCUGUCAGAAUUUUUUUAUAAACCACGUAUUAUUGAGGUUGAUGAUACUUUUGACAAUUUAAUUCGCAGUUUGAGUAAUCAGUUGAGGAACAUAGAGGAUAUUAAUAUGGUUGCUAAUAUAACGGAGCUAUUGAAUGCAACGAAUGGAAGUGGUAAAAAUGUUGGCCUUGAUGUAUUAAGUUUGGAUAUCCAACGUGGUCGAGAUCAUGGACUCGCGUCUUAUAAUUAUUAUCGCGAGUAUUGCGGCCUAUCUAGCGCUAUAUCAUUUGAUGAUUAUUUAGACGUUAUACCAUCAGAAAUUGUAGAAAAGAUGAAAGCUUUUUAUGAUGAUCCAAAUGAUGUAGAUCUGAUUGUUGGUGGUAUGAGUGAAAUGGUGUCAGAUACUAAUCAAACACUUUUGGGACCAACUUUUAAAUGUUUACUUUUGGAGCAACUAGCCAAAACUCGAAGAACCGAUAAAUAUUUUUAUGAUUCUAGAUCUCAACCUUAUCCAUUUACUCCAGAACAAUUGAAUGAAAUAAAACGAGUCUCAUUGGCACGAAUUUUCUGUGACAAUGGAAAUAAUAUCUUACAAAUGCAGCCUGAAGCAUUUUUAAGUCUUUCAGACAACAAAAAUCACCUUCAGGAUUGUGACAAUUAUGAAGCAAUUCCAAAAUUAAAUUUAUAUGCUUGGUCUGAAAGAAGUAGAUUUUAUAUUUAAAAAAUUUUCUCAUCUCAUUUUUCUAUAAGGCUGAAAGCAUAAAUAUUAAUUCCUAAGUAAUAAUUGGCAUGACAAUUUUAAAAUAAUAAUAUAUGACAGACGGUAGUAGAUCGUAUUAAUGCUUCUUGAUAAUAGUAAGUCAAAUAUAUAAAUCAAAUAUAUAUUAUAGAUUAAGUUAAUUUAAGAUUAUAAUGAACAUGUAUAUAGUAUAUAU